CCCCCACCAUAAGAUGUGAACUAGCUCGGCGACAAGUUUAAUCAAUUAAUUCAGAGUUUCAAAUUACUUGUAGUUCAUAAAAUGGGCCACAAGUAUAAUGUCAGAUCUGUUGCAAUUGUGGGUGGGGGUGCGGCGGGUGCGGUGACGGCGGCUGCUUUCAAAUCCGAAAACUACUUCGACAAGAUUUCUGUCUUUGAACGAAGAGAGAAACCCGGUGGAACUUGGAUCUACGAUGCAGACCCUCAACCUCCGCUGGAGGUCCAUCCAGGCGCACUUCCGACUGAGAUCGAUCCGCAAUUAUCACUGCCAGGACAGCUUCCGGCAGUUUUACCCCCUUCUCGUCAGGAACGCUACUCCAAGACACCAGUAUAUGACUCCCUCACAACAAACGUGCCUGACAUUGCCAUGAGCUUUUCAGACGAGAGAUUCGCUUAUGGGCCGUUCGCACCGCAUUACGUCCCGCGCCAGUAUGUUGAACGCUACUUCGCCACACACGAUGCAGACAAAUUUCUCGUUCUCAACACAACCGUGGAAGACGUUACUAGACUACCGUCCACAUCAGAUGAAGAGAGCGACCAAUGGAAACUGACGCUUCGGAAAUACGACCCUGCACGCCACGUGGACAUCUGGUGGGAGGAGACUUUUGAUGCUGUAAUUCUAGCUAACGGGCAUUACUCUGUACCUUAUGUACCACAUGUAAAAGGGCUUGAUGCUUAUAUCGAGAAGUUUCCCGGCCGCAUAGUCCAUUCGAAGUACUACCGGUCCCCUCUGGUCUACUCUGGCCGGAAGGUCUUGGUUAUCGGCAAUUCAGCUUCGGGCCAUGAUGUAUCCCUCGAACUUAUAUCGGCCGCAGAACUCCCGGUCUAUCAGUCACGACGUUCGAAGUCUCGAUGGGACGGGAAGGACCCACCGCCGGGAAUUGCCUGGAAGCCUAUAAUAUCAGAGUAUCGGCUUGACGGGCGUAUCGUGUUUGAAGACGGUACACACUUGGACGAUAUCGACACGGUCAUAUAUGCCACUGGUUACAGACCUUCGUUUCCGUUCUGGAACAGCAAGGCCAACGGACGGCCGUUGUGGGAUUAUAAAACAGAGAAACUGAUUAACGGAUACUGGCAUACGUUCUUUCAAGAUUUCAAGACGCUAGCAAUAGUCGGUAUACCGCGGGCUCUGAGCUUCAGAAGCUGGGAAUACCAAGGGAUUGCACUCGCACGACUUUUCUCCAAUAGACAAUCUGUCGACCUACCUGGAAUAGAAGAACAAAAGAGAUGGGAGCGAGAAAGAGAAGAGGAGGUAAAGAGGGAGGGGAGAAAAUUCCAUGGCAUCAAUUGGGAAACAGGUGAAACACAUGAAUGGCUUGGCGGGCUGUUCCAUAUCGCAGGUCUUGGUACGCUGAAAGGCGAAGGAAGGAUUCCGCCAGUACUAAGCAAGGAUCUAGUAUGGGCCCUUGAGCAUCUCAGGAAGUAUCCUGAGCCUGAAAACAAGGAUAAAGGUGGUGACGAUAAGCACGGGGACGAAACGACUUCUGCAGACGGACAAACCGAAGAUCAUGGCGACUGGGUCCUCGUCCCCGAGCGACGUAAGGACCUACUCGCAUUCAUAUAGCUACAUCGUGAAGACCCAGUGUUUUCUUAUUUACAAAUAUAGAAGCAGAUUUGAAUGGAGGCGCAUAUGUUUGCAC